AUGGUGGAACGAAUGAGCACAGUUACUCCUGAUCGAAUAAGAACAGAGCAGAUUCGCCCAGACCAGCUAGAGAAGAUUAUUCAAAAGAGGCUUGAGCAAGCAAGAUCUAAAUCAGUGCUCUUUACUGUCAAAACCAGUCUUGGCUACAACGGAAAAAUCGACGACGACGCUCCAUUAAUAGGCAAAUUCGUGUCGUUUGAACCAGAUGACUUUUUGCAUAUAAAGGAAAAAUACGAUGAGUUUUGGUGGAUUGGGCGCGUCGUUUCCCCUGAUUCCGAGCUCGGAUUUAUUCCUUCCCCGACAAAGAUUGAAAGCAUUCGAUCUAAUCAACGAGGGAAAAACCUGCGAUCAACUAAAAUCAGCGCCAAAAGUGGAUCCUCAGAGCAAAGCCGCCAAGUGCUCUACGAAAAGAAGGUGCUUCAAAGAAAGAAUCCAAGACUUGCUACGAAGUCGUUCCAAACCUUGAAGGGCUACGAAGUUACGGACAUGAUGCAGAAAGCAGUGUUCGAUUUUAUAAGACGGAGAUUUGAUGGACGUGUAAACAUCACGAGAAUUUCUGCAGAUUUGUCUCAGGCUCGCCAAGCUGACCGCGCUAUCAAGGAAAAGGGACAGAACAAGGCCGCUCUAAUGGAAGUGCAGGCUGAAGUGGAGCGUAUUUUCGACCUAGCGCGAGAUCUCCAGCUAGCUGCAGAAAAACUAAGCCAGUGUUGCCCAGAAGUUUUUGACGUCACACUCGACGAGAACUCAUUAGACGAUGCGUGCGAUCAUCUAGCAGAAUAUCUCGAAGCGUAUUGGAGGACUCUGCAUCCUGAUUGGAAAGAUCCUGCAAUUAAGAAAAACCAGAAGCAACCGGGCGCUUUCAAACGGUCUCUGAGUUUCCUCGCUCCGAACAAGCCUCAUGUUAACAUCGAGACACCCGAUGAAAUUCCUUGA